ACAUUUUGAAUAUCUGAUUUAGAUUGUCUAAAUAAUUAAUUGACUAAGCCAUGACAAAACAAUAUGACUGAGAAAAAUCUUCCAUCGUACAACAACUCGUUCAGCAGCAACAGCUGGGAGCAGGAUUCCAGUCAUGCAAGCAUUAGGUCUAAUCUCACUAAAAAAGAAUCAUUGAGAAUUCAGAAACAGUCGUAUAAGGUGGAGAAAAAGAAAGUUCACAAUGAGUUGAAAAAUACAAUACAAGAUCCAACCGUUGUAAUUCGCUCUGAUUGGUUGAAAAUACGAAGUACAUUGAAGAACUGGAGUCGAAUAUGGUGUGUGUUAAAACCAGGAGUGCUAAUAUUAUACAAAACUCAAAAACUGAAGCAAUGGAUCGGAACAGUUCUUUUGACGUCGAGUGAAAUUAUUCAAAGACCAUCAAAAAAGGAAGGGUUUUGUUUCAAAAUUUAUCAUCCUCUUGACCAAGUGAUUUGGACUGCCAAAGGGCCCUCGGGCGAAAGCAUGAGUUUAUUAACACAUUCUCUGCCAUCAAAUCACUUAAUUUUGAGAUCAACAACUCAAUCUGAUGGCCAAUGCUGGAUGGAUGCAUUAGAGCUGGCCCGUAAAUGUUCCAAUCUAUUGAAAAAAGCUAUGCCAACUCUUGAUUCUCAAAACACCCUUUCAGUAGGUGACGUCAGCAUGAAAGAGAUUGAUAGUGUCAUGGGGGACGAUCCAGACUCAUAUGAUGAGGGACUUGAAUUAGCUUUACUGAAACGUAAGCCAAGUAAAGCACACAGUGAAAAAUCAACUGAUGAUGGUAGUCAAUUGGAUGCUGGAGAUCAGUCUAGUGAAGAUCCAUCUAAAAGCCAUGGUAAUCAUCUCACUGUAGGUCAAAACGAAGCUCUUGUAACAUCCGGUGAGGAAACUGGCUCCUUCAGUUCAAGGGUGUCAUCUGAUGCUGAAAGCAACAAAUCUUCACCCAAAGUUCCAGAGUCUGAGUAUGUGCUUGAAAAGACUGACAUGGAAAUGUUAGGAUCUGCUGGUGAGGCAGCUGAAGACAUAGCUAGUGAAAAUAAAGGUCUAAUUUGGACAAUCUUGAAACAAUUACGACCUGGAAUGGAUCUUUCUAAAGUUGUUCUUCCUACUUUCAUUUUAGAACCUCGUUCCUUCCUUGAUAAAUUGUCAGAUUACUACUUUCAUGCUGAUUUGUUAUCAAAAGCUGCCAGGGUGGACGACCCUUAUGAACGAAUGAAAGCUGUUGCAAAAUGGUAUCUUUCAGGUUUCUACAAAAAACCUGAUGGCAUAAAAAAACCAUAUAACCCCAUAAUUGGUGAAAUUUUUCGUUGCAAAUGGCAACAUCCUGAAACUGAAAGUUUCACACAUUAUAUUGCUGAACAAGUGAGUCAUCAUCCACCCAUUUCGGCAUUUGCAGCUGUGAAUAAAAAAGACGGCUUCGUUGUGCAUGGAAGCAUAUUAGCAAAAUCUAAAUUUUAUGGCAACUCUUUAUCUGCUUUUCUUGAUGGUACUGUAAGCCUCACUCUUCUACAUAAAAGGGAAGAAUACAUUUUGACAAUGCCAUAUGCACAUUGCAAAGGAUUUUUAUAUGGUUCUAUGACGAUGGAGUUUGGAGGAAAAGUUGAUAUUACUUGUCAGAAGACAGGCUACUCCACUGAAAUAGAAUAUAAAUUGAAACCAUUCUUUGGUGGAAGUGAUUCAUCGAAUAGAAUAAAUGGACGUAUAUUACAUGGGAAAAAGAAUCUUGCUACUAUCCAAGGAUUUUGGGAUAGAGAAAUAUAUCUUACUGAUUUGAAACGUGCCACAACAUCUAUAUUCUGGAAACCUACUCCUGAAAUCCGUGCAGCUAGGUUGCAAAGGCAAGUCAUUGCCAUGAACCAGCAGCUACCGAAUGAAUCUCAAAAACUUUGGUGCCAUGUUACAAAAGCAAUUGAAGUUGGUGAUCAAAAUGAAGCCACAAAAUAUAAAUGUAUUCUGGAAGAAAACCAAAGAAAAGGAGCUCGAGAAAGAGCAAAAACAGACACACUUUGGCUGCCAAAACUUUUUGAGUACAAUCCAAUAAAUGAGAAUUGGACGUACAAGUUUUUGGACAAACGACCUUGGGACACUGUUAAUGACAUUGUGCAAUAUGAAUCUGACGGGUGUAUAUCUACUAUGACUAAAAAUGGGGUUAUACUAAGAUCACCAGGCAAAUCUCGAAUGAUUGUUGACAGUGAAAACAUGAUACAGAGCGUUAAAAUUAUGGAAGAAUCGACCAAUAGAAGUAAUGAUGAAGCUUUGCAAGUCAAAUUACAAGCGGACGAGGAUGCUAAACAAACGUUACUGUUACUACAAGAGCAACAACAACAUAUUUUGUUGAAAUUGUCGCAAAUUCAAAAAUCAUUGGAGAAGCACGAACGCAGCAAUCAAUCUUAUUUAUUUAAUAAUUUGUAUCUAAUUAUACUGGUUGCAAUAUUUGCCAUUCUUGCUUACUAUUUUAAAUAAUGUAUAUGUAAUUGGUUUACAUAAGUUUUGUUUCACUUAAAAUUUAAAUAUUUGUGCUGCACAAUCCCACAGUCAUAUCUGAUUUAUCUUCUUUUAUUAAAAAUAAUUUUUACUCCAUAGUAAUCGUUCUAUCCUAUUGUAAUACUGUGUUGAUAACUGGUUGUUCAUUUUUCGUAAAAAUAUUAUUUAUGACUGAAUUUUUUAAACCUGAGUUUACAUUAAAAAAACUGGGUGUCCCAAAAUAAAUGAAACACAAAAAUUGUUAAUCAAAUUAACAAGUUUCGUUUAUUUUGUGAUGCCCUGUAUAUCAAUUUUUUUUUUUUUUCAUCGUUUAUCAUAAUAGUUUAAAAAAAUAGGAUAAAAUGGUUAUCUACUAAACAUAGAAAAUGUUGAUGUUUCAUAUAACUUUAGAUGGGUGAGGUAGUAUACAAAACUCUAGCCAAAUGGUCCAUUUUCACUUGAUUAUGCAACAUCUAUCAUCUAUCCAUUUCAAGUUUUAUUUGAGUCUAAUACAUGUUAUUGUUUAUAGGUUUUCUAUAUACAUGCUUGUAUAGAAGAUAACUAAUUUGGUUCAAUGUUCUAGGAAUAAUACAUCACUGGUAUUGUUCUAGAAAUUGCCAUAGAAGGGAAACCACUUUCAGUUUUCAUGUUUAACUAGAAAGUUUGCUCAGCUCUGAUUACAUUUUUGACAAACUGUUCAAAUGUUUACAUUUCUACUCAGCAACUUGAAAAAGAAUUAUCAAACAGUUAAAAUUUUUAAAUUAUGGGGAUAAAUUUAUUUGUAAUAUAUUAUUUUGAAUGAAGGAUGGAAUGCCGAUUGUUCAAUUCUUGAUUUUGAAUAAUUGUUCAAAGCUAGCUUAGCAUGUAGCUACAUUGAGUAGAAUUUGCCCAUACUGCGCUUCGCCAAUAUUUGUGUUAGAAACCUAGUGCCAUAGCUGCUCUGUGUAUUAAGAUAAACAUGAUUAUUUAGUGAAAUCUAGUAUUCGUUCAUUGUAGUAAAUAUUCAUAUAAGUAUUCUCAUUAUUAUGUCAUCAACUUUCUAUACGAGUAACAAAUCGGGGAAAAUAAUGAAAAUGAAGCAAUAAAGCGAAAUGCUAUAACAAAAUCAAAAAGUAGUUACUGGUUAUUGAAAAUAAAAUUCCCAGUUCCUGUGACACAAGCCGAAUUUUCGUUUUUGGGUUUUUAACAAAUCAAAUUUUAUACUUUGACAUGGGUAUUGAAGUUUAGACAUUAAGUCACAAUAUUAUAAUUUCCACCAGUCCCUCUCUGUGUCCUUAUUAGUAUCGUAGGCUAUAAUAUAUGAAUAUUGAGGCCCAAAUGUUUUAAAAUUUAGUCUAUUUCUAUGCUUCACAUUAAUUUGCGAUUGCUUUUAAAUCAGGUAUACGAUUUCCUGUUUCGUCUUUUUAACAAGUGAUUGAAAAAUAAUUAUUCUAUCUUGCCGAAUGUUCAAUGAUACUGUGAUAACUAAUGAAAAUGAAUAAUUUUUGGUGCCUAUGUUAAAGCAAGGCUUCUGGUCUAUUGGGGCUAUAUAAAUGCAUGAGCUGCUCUUGGUGCGAUAUAUAAGCCAACACAUGAUUUUCAAAUUAUUAUGAAUUAUGACAUAUGGUGCAAUUAUAGUCUGGGGUAAAGAUAAAUCAGUCAGUAGUUGACAGGCACAUAUACAAAAAUUUCCAUCUGUUCUGGCAGUGCAAAAUUGUAAAUUCAUUCAAUUUUGAAUGUCGUAAAAUAGGGGUGUGCAAACAGCGGCCUACGAGGAAAAAUUGUGCGACCCACAGAGGAGUGUCAAUUUGUAAUGGUAUGCGGCACAUGAAACGAGUUUUUAAUUUGAUUUAAUCUGGACCAAUUUCUCAUCUAUGCCUAUGUUACAAUGCCUUUAAAGCAAGCUUGUGCGAA